AUGGCGCCGCUGGCCCUGGGCCGCGCCGAGGACGAGCCCCGCGGCGAGGCGGAGACGCGGCUGCUGGCGCAGGAUUUCCUCCUGGCGCCCGGAGCCACCGUGGCGCAGCUGCUGCGGCCCCGCGGCCUCGCCGUGCUCGACUUCGUGCGAUUCCGCUGCGGGGAGGAGGCGGGCGGCAAACUGGGCGAGAACAUGGCCCUGCGGCGGGCGGCCUGGCUGGCCGUGCCCCGGGACUGCCACAUCGCCUGGUACGUGCACGGCUCGCCGCCGGACGCGCCCCCCCGGCACCCGACGGCGCCCCCCCCCCCGCCCGCCCUGGGCAAGUACGGGGCGCUGGUGGCCUGCCGGACGGCGGACGGCGCCCCCCCGAGCCCGGCGGCGGCGGCGCUGUGCCGGCAGCUGGCCCAGCACGUGGUGGGGAUGGCGCCGCUGGCCCUGGGCCGCGCCGAGGACGAGCCCCGCGGCGAGGCGGAGACGCGGCUGCUGGCGCAGGAUUUCCUCCUGGCGCCCGGAGCCACCGUGGCGCAGCUGCUGCGGCCCCGCGGCCUCGCCGUGCUCGACUUCGUGCGAUUCCGCUGCGGGGAGGAGGCGGGCGGCGGGCACGAGGCGGGGGGGGCGGCGCGGGGCUGA